UCCCUCCGCCCGCCCGCCCGCCCGGCGCUCGCAGAGCCGACUCCAGGGGGGCUCUCGAUGUAGCACCAUGACAGGCAUCGCCGCCGCCUCCUUCUUCUCCAAUACCUGCCGCUUCGGGGGCUGCGGACUGCACUUCCCCACCCUGGCCGACCUCAUCGAGCACAUCGAGGACAACCACAUCGAUACAGAUCCACGUGUUUUAGAAAAGCAAGAAUUACAGCAGCCAACCUAUGUCGCCCUCAGUUACAUUAAUAGAUUCAUGACAGAUGCUGCACGUCGAGAACAGGAAUCCCUCAAGAAGAAGAUCCAGCCUAAGCUCUCGCUGACCCUGUCCAGCUCCGUGUCUCGAGGAAAUGUGUCCACUCCGCCACGCCAUAGCAGCGGAAGCCUUACUCCCCCUGUGACCCCACCCAUCACUCCCUCCUCUUCAUUCCGCAGCAGCACUCCAACAGGCAGCGAGUAUGACGAGGAGGAGGUAGACUAUGAGGAGUCAGACAGCGACGAGUCCUGGACCACAGAGAGUGCCAUCAGCUCGGAAGCCAUCCUCAGCUCCAUGUGCAUGAAUGGAGGGGAAGAAAAGCCUUUUGCCUGCCCAGUUCCCGGAUGUAAAAAGAGAUACAAGAAUGUGAAUGGCAUAAAGUACCACGCUAAGAAUGGUCAUCGAACACAGAUUCGCGUCCGCAAACCAUUUAAAUGUCGGUGUGGGAAGAGUUACAAGACAGCUCAGGGCCUGCGGCACCACACAAUCAAUUUCCACCCCCCGGUGUCGGCUGAGAUUAUCAGGAAGAUGCAGCAAUAACAUGCUGGUCAUAACUGUGCCAAGAAAUUCUCACCAGCAGUUGCUGAUUUUGAAAACAGCCACCUUUUUUCAGGGGAAGCAUUCAGCAACCCUUUAAUGAAAAGAAUUAAAUGCAUGCUUUAAAUUUUUCUGUAAUUUUGGAAUGAUGUAUCUUUGUAGAGUUAAUGAUUUUGUACAUUUGCACAUGUAAUCAUCAUACCCAUUUUCAUUACUUUGAUAUAAGGUGCUAAACAAAAAAAGCUCUAGGUUCUUCAGCACAUUUCCCCCAACACAAAAUAAAACUGAGGGCCUGUUACAUAUUGUUCAGUUGUACUGCAGUGGUAUCAACUGGGGGAGGAGGGCUGGUAUUGACAUGUUUUUCAAGAUUGUAAUGUGAUUGAAGUUCUUCAACACAUCAACUCACAUAUAACCAAAAUACCUUCAUGAGCAAACUGGUUACCAUGCCUUACAUAAUGGAGUUAGUAUUUGUGAGUAGAAAGACUUUAGGUAAUGGAAAUAUAAAUAAGAAUAAGAAAGAAUGUUUAACAUAAUAUGCUAAAAAUAUUUUCAUAUUUAAAUAACAUGCAUAAAAGGUGUGCUUUUGUGUUUUCUAUUAUCUUGCAAAUCCUUUGCCCUUUAAAAAGAUGAAACUCUAACACACAGUCAUUGAGUGCCUGCUGGGUGCAAGAGAUUCAAUUUAUACCUAGUGUUACUUGUGGACAAAGAUACCAGUUUAGUGAAGUACUUUCCCCUGAAAUCUGUUAGGAAACACUUUGAAAUACUUAAAUGCAAAUUUUGCGUGUGUGAAAUUUAGUUAUAGCUUCAUCAUCAGAUGAGGUGUUAAAGCACUUUGUAGUUCUCUAUUGCCAACAAUUUAAUGUUUAUAUGUUGCCAGUUCUUGCAACUACGGCCCUAACAGAUCUGUGGGUUGCAAAUCGGAAACAAAAUUCUAAGCAUGCUUGAAAAAGGAACAUUUCUAUUAAGACCCCUAUGGCCCCUUCUUCGUGCUCAUUGUGCUUGGACUUCUUUUGAAGAAAUUUCCAUCACACUGUAGAUGUCUGCAACCUCAUUAGAAAUGUCUGUUUAGCUUUAGAAAACAUUUUGCCAGAAAAUGAAAAUAAGCCUUACUGACAAUUAAGUGCUUCUUGCAGCAGGUGGUCAAAGCAUAGACUAAUCCGACCACUGAGAAUGACCUACAUCUGGACCAUUCCUUAAGUUUUUCUCACCGACAGAACCAUCAUGCCUUGAGUAUUCUUUUCUCCCAAGUGCUAUUCCUUAAGAGUUUACCAGUUGCCUAAUACACAACAAAAAUUGCUUUGAUACAGCUAACUGCCCACAGUACAAACUGGUGAAAUGUGAACUCAAAUUCCCUCCAAAAUAACUUUCACCCCACAUUCCUAUUUGAUGAAAAAAGUGACUGGGGAACAGGGGUACCUCAAUUUUCCAUAUUAUAAAGACAGUUCUCAAUUCUGUUAACAGAUAGUUAAGUUUCUCUAUUCCUAAAUUGGGACUCUCUCACAGUGAGGAAUUUAAAAGUAUAAAGACAAUGUCCACUAAAAAUUUCCUCAGCGCUCCUGAAGAAUAGUCUUUGUCUUUAAGCCCAUGUGUUGUUAUAGGGUGAUCUGGACAUGAGAAUCCACUAGUUGGUGCAUAAGAAGGCCCUACUUGACUAUUCCAUAUUUACCUACAGUUGACCAAAAAAAAAAAAACUAAAAAAAAAAAAAGAAAAAAAAAAAAAAAAAAAAAAAAAAAGUUUCAGGCCAGCAAUUAUUAGUUAGCUUUGCUCUUUUUAGUGCAAGAAACUGCAGGCUGGAUCAGUAGUUCAACAGCUAAACAUCAUAAAAAUAGUCAUUGUGCAUGUUAAAUUUCUUUCAAUGAUAAAACAAAGUCUGAUUUCUAUUUACUUAUUCAUUGUGACAGUAUUAUUAAACAGGUAAGGAUGGGAAUAUUUUGUUAUACCGUGUAUAGUGAAUGUAUUGUACCGUGUCUGUGAAAACUGUGCUUUAAAUUAUAUUUUCGUAUGUUUUGUUGGGGACAGAGCACAUUAAGUUUGAAAGCAACAGAAGUUUUAGAACUGAAGGCAAUUUAAUCAAAAUUCCUGUCAAAAAAAGCUGCUUAAUAAAUGUAAAUAAAAUCACAUUUAAAAUAAACUGCCUCUGACCCAAAAUAAA